AUGAAAGAUCCCACUAUUGCAGACAUCGAUGCUCGCCGACAGGCGGCUGGGAAAAUGGUGGCUCCAACAGCUGCCUAUGCUGAUUCCGACAUGUUCAAACUGCAGUGCUCUCGAAAGCCAGCAGCAAAACGAUGGGACAAUCACCUAACGGAUGAAUGUCUAGCGCGAGCUCCCGGAAUCUUGAAGGUAGCCGCAAGGUUUCUCAAGAGACCGGGAAUGAUUUCGCUGGCUGGCGGCCUUCCCGGUACUGACUACUUCCCGUUCAACUCUAUAAGCGCUGCGAUUCCGGCGAUCCCUGACGAAGCUGGGAGCAACAUGUCCGAGACCGAAUCCACCAUCACCAUGGGGUUGCACGAUAUCGCCUCUGGGGACGCAACGUUCGACCUCUCCGUGGCUUUAAACUAUGGCCAAGCUGCAGGUUCAGCCCAGAUGAUCCGUUGGAUCACCGAACACACAGAGCUCGUCCACAACCCUCCUUAUGCCGACUGGGACACCUGUCUAACCACCGGAAACACAGCCGGCAUAUACCAGGCAUUGCGAAUGCUCUGCGAUAAAAAUAGAGGCGACUCAUGGAUAACCGAAGAGUAUUGCUACGCCUCUGCCCUAGAGACUGCGCUUCCGAUGGGCAUCAAAACAGUCGGCAUCAAGAUGGACGCCGAUGGCCCCAUACCAGAAGUCAUGGACGAGCUUCUCACCAACUGGGACGCUGCGAAAAAGGGAGCUCGAAAACCACACGUCUUGUACACCGUGCCAACCGGACAGAACCCAACAGGAUCGACCCAAAGCGCCGCAAGAAAAAGAGCGAUAUACCAAGUCUGCCAGAAACACGACAUCUACAUCCUCGAAGACGACCCCUAUUACUUCCUCCAGCUACGAUCCGACUUACACUCUCAACACAACCCCUCAAAGCCUUCCGCCAGCACAUUCCUCGCCAAUCUUCCUCCUUCGUUUCUCAGCAUCGACACCGACGGCCGCGUCAUGCGCAUCGACUCCUUCUCCAAAGUCGUCGUCCCCGGCGCAAGAAUGGGUUGGGUGACGGCAUCCGAGCAAAUGAUUGAGCGCUUCAUCCGGCACGCCGAAACAGCCAGUCAAGGGCCCAGUGGCUUCUCCCAGGCUCUCAUAUACAAGCUUGUCGACGAGAAAUGGGGCCACCAGGGGUUCUUGGAUCGGCUGCAGCAUCUGCAGACUGAAUAUACUGCGAGGAGAGACGUGAUGCUGGCGGCGUUUGACAAGUUUUUGCCCAAGUCGAUUGUAAGCUGGAAUUCCCCAAGUGCAGGCAUGUUUUGCUGGAUCCGAAUCAACCACAGCCUGCGCCCCAACGCAAAACUAUACUCGGCUCUCGACAUCGAAGAAGAAAUAUUUGCCGCGUGCCUCAAGAGAGGCGUCCUCGUCGCAAAGGGCUCUUGGUUCAGGGCCGAGCCGGAUAUGCCUCUCAACGACGUGUUUUUCCGCCUCACGUUUGCGGCGUCGAGUGCUGAGAACAUGGAAGUGGCUGUUCGCACGUUUGGAACGGCCCUCCGCAGCAUUUUCAAGCUGGAAUGA